GCAAGCAGGCACCGUGCGUUCCUCCCCACUCGGAGAAGCGCGUUUCUCUCGACGAAUCUCCCGACGAUCAAGUUGAAAGAACGGAUAACGGCGGCAACAUCUCCCGACACGCCGUAGAGACGGUCGCUACCUCCCCCCUGCCUGACGCACAAGAUGACGCUGCGGCCACCAGAACAGUGUCGUCUGCUGCGGCUCCCCUCCCGAUGGAGAGUACGGACGCAGUCUCUCGGCCUGUCAACAAGGUGCCGGCCGCUUCCCUCGCACUCCCUCGAAGCAAGGGCGCGACUGCAGCCACAGACACGUCGUCUGCUAGCUUUGGGGAUACGCUGCCUGCUACCACGACUGCUGCAGCGCACACUCCCAAUCCGAGGGUUUCGGCACCGUCGGUGCUUCCGGACAAGACCCUCGCGUCAAAGUUCCUGAAGGGCCCACCACACCAGAUACCUGCACAGCAGAACCUGCGGAAGAAGAAGAAGAAGCAGCAGCAGAAGAAGUCGAAGAAACACACUUCUACCGCUUCAGAAGCUUCUACUUCCCGUGUGACCAACUCCUCGCAGUGUGCUCCUGAGACUGCAGCCACUACAAAGGCAGUGGAGCGUGAGGAACUCUCAGCUCGUGAGCCACCUGGGGAUGACUUCCAGCUGGUCCUGUCGAAAGGAAAUCGGCGCCGUGCAAGGGCUUUGGAGAAUGCAGCACUCCCAGUCAAUCCUGCGGUCACCGGCACGGUGCUUUUCCGCUCAUCUGCACCGGGUGGAGCUUUCCGGAGUGCCCCGCGCCUCACACUCACGGCGGCACUCUCUGCGCGACCAGGUGUUGCUGCAGUUUGUGUGAACCACAAACGCAACAUCGUGGCCGCCGAUACGACCACUCGGGCAUGCCUUGAGGAGCUGCUGGCAGUCACCGAGCUCCAUGGCAUUCCAGUGACGGCCUGCCUGCCGGCUGAGCGUGGAAAGAGCACCGGCUACAUACACGGGAUGGACGGGAUGCCUGCUGACAAGGACCUGCUGGAGGCCAUCGAGUCUUCCGUUCCAGUCUUCACGGCAACAAAGGACGGCAGCACGGGGACCAUACGGUUUGCGGGGCCGGUCCCCCCUUGAACAAGAGCCACCCUGAAGGCUCCCCUUGCCAGACAGUCCGCUGUGUGAACUGCGGUGGCGCCCACACCGCGGACACUCCGGCCUGUCCUAAGCAGCAGGAGGAACGACGGGUGGCCACCAUCAUGGCGUCCUCCACCAUUGCACUGUCCAGGCAGCGGUCCGUGCGGAGAGCCAGUUGGAGCAGGCCACCACACCCUCGCCGCGCUCCUAUGCAAACGCAGUCAAGGGCAUCGCUGAUCCUUCAAGGCGUCCGGUACCAGCUCCACGCAGCUCCCAACGUCCGGUGCCGCAGGCCACUGCUGUCCUUUCGACCACACCCCCUACCGCUCCCCUGAGACAACCGUGGAACAGCUGGUGGCGAACCUGCUGCUGACUAUGCAGGCAGUCAGCACCAUGCUUCCUGCUGACCACCCUCUCCACGCCAUCUGCCUACAGGCAGUGGUACUCCAGAACCAGACCACCCAACAUGGCUGAUUCCUCUGCUACAAGGAAGGACCGCCGCCGUCCAAGUGUUCUCCAGUGGAACGUCAACUCACUGCGGCGGCGGCAUGCGGAGCUCUCGCUACAUCUGCUGCAGAGUGAAUAUGAUGUGCUUGCUCUGCAGGAGGUAUACACUGCUGCAGAGAAGCUGCGACUGCCAGGCUACGUGGGCUGCAGUGCUCGCACUUCCUGCUCACAGGAGUCAUGCCAGGCCGCCCCCUGCCUCGAUGACACACAUCAGCAAGGAGCUCCCCGCUGCGCAGUGUACGUGAGGCGAGAGCUACCCCAGGUGGAGAUACAAGUGGCUGACCUGACUGGCGGACCGUUUGAGUGCUGUGCAGUGCGCGUACGCAUCGGGGGCGUAAACACUACUGUCGCCCGUGUGUAUGUCCGACCCGGCCAGCCUUGGGACCCCUCCUGCCUGCUGCGUUUGGCUAGCCACCUGGGCAAAGACUUCGUCCUCUAUGGCGAUUUCAAUGCCCACCACACAGCCUGGGGUGGCCGGCACUGCUGUCCUCAUGGCAAGGCACUAUGAGAUGCUGCUGACCAACACGGCCUGCAGAUUCUAAACACUGGCGCCCCCACUUUCAUCCGGCGUGGAGCUCGUCCAACACAGACGGCAAUCGACCUGAGCCAGACCACAGAGGACUACCGGUACAGCUGGGAGAUGCUUCCUGACACCUGACGUUCCGACCAUCUUCCUCUGCUCCUGUCUCCUUUUCGAGGCAAGUCCUCCAGGAGCAGAGAGUACCUCACAGUCAACUGGAAAGCCUUCCGUGAGCUCUGCCAGCAGGCGGACUACGACGGGGAUUUGUGGCAAAUGAUCGUGGAGUGCGCCAAUGCCGCUACCAUACGCUCUGCUGUCCCGGAGGGCAAACCAGUUCCGGAUAUACGCCAUUUAGAACUGCGAGCUGCUCGGGGCCGUGUGGAGCGCAGGGCCCGGUGCACCAUGCUUCCGCAACAAUGGACGGCCUACCACCUCGUGGAUGCUGUCUGUCGCCGCCACGCCCAACGACGCAGACGGCAAAGCUGGGAGAGCCUCUGCUCCACCAUCAGUCACAAUCCAGAUGGGGCUCGAGCUUGGCGCCUGCUGAAGUCACUGAUGGAUGUUCCAAGCGCUCAACGUCAGUCCUUAACCGUGGCUGUCCUCAUGGGCAUCAGCGAGCGGGCCCUGGUCGAGCUAGCCUAGCUGACCGGUUUGCUGAGAAGUCUCAAGUCCCGCAGAUCCUGCCCUCGACGGUCGCCACAAGACGCUGCCUCCCUCCCUGCCACCAUCCAGAGUGGGUGCCGUGCUGCCUUGGCACUCAGUGGAAAAUUCUGAUCUGCUUACACCAAACACAGCGGGCUGUGGUAAUCAAGAACAGCCGCGAAGCAGGAUACAGUUUCGUGACAUAUGUA